AUUUUUUGUUAAUAUUUUCAAUAUACUGUCUCUUAUAGUGACUGUUUUUUAUACUUAUUCGGUUAGUGUGUUUUUCCAAACACGGCACGCGGUUCGAUCUGAUUUUUAUCGCGCAAAAUACCGAAAGACACUGAUAGAAAUGACAGAAAAUGAAUAAAAGAAAAAUAAGAAUUGUUGAUUUAUGAUUAUUAUAUUGUGUUGUAGUUCAUACACAAAAAUUGAAUAAUUUUUUUUUGAACAUAAAUACGACUUAUUGAAUUCAAAAGGGGUUUGUUUGUGUAUAUGAAAAUGGAAAACGAAAAGAAUAUUUUUCCGUGAAACGAGAUAUAACAAAGAAUCUAUUCUACAUCUUCGUCGUAAAAUAUCUAGUGUAUAACGUUUACUGACCCAAAUAAUCGCCAAAGAUCUGUGUCGAUCUUAGUGUACAAAACGCUAAACUCAGUGUUUAGAAGUGGUCGCAAGAUAAUAAUUCGUGUUUGUGAAGUAGCUAGUGUAAAAAACGUAAAGUCACACAAAAUGUUUAACCUAUAUUCGUCAAUGAAUCGUCGCGGUACCGAAGAAAAGGAUCAGAAGGAACUUGAAACAACCGGGCAUGAUCGAUUUUGUCAAACUAGACUGUCAAGAAAAUCUAAUAAAAAGAAACGUAAAAAGCAUGUUCGACGAGCUCACUCAGCUGCUGAAUUCGAUCAAACUCAGUUAUCAACAGCCAUAAAUAAACGAAAUUUGUUCAAAAUUCGUUCAGCAAGCUCGGAACAUGAAAGUUCAGAGACCGAACAGUCGGAAAAAUCACCACUAGUUACAGCCAAAUUGGAAACAUUUGCAAAACUGCUAUUUAAUCGAAGCAUGACCCAAGAGUCAACCAGCUCGUGUAAAGAUAACGUUUCUCCGACAAGGCACAGCCUGAAAUUUCAAUAUUCAGCUCUAGAUAGUGGAUCUGGGCAAAAUGAUCGAAGCCCGAGGGAGAGAGCGGCUCGUGAACGCGCAUUAUGCGCUUGUCAAGAAUGGCUAAAAACACUGAAUGGCCGAUAUGAAAUCAUGGCGCAUCUAGACGAUAUUGGAUCCAGAAAUAAUAAGAAUUGGUUUCUGCUAAACGAUACCACAGUACGUACGGACCGUUUGAUGACUUUACUUCCAAUACCACCCGACUGCGUUGCCUUAGAAGAACUGCCACCCUCAGAAUGUCCUAAAGGAGUUCUAAUGGAACUGCUCGGCUCUCUACAACAUCCUUACGUUUAUCCUGUACUAGACUUAGGUUUUUUAUAUGCAAAUUCUACAAAUUAUGCGUGUUUGGUUAUGCCAUUCAAUCUACGUGGAAGUCUGAAAGAUCUUAUUUACAAGGCACAAUGGAAUGAAUCUUGGAACCGAAAGUACACUCGGAAGUCAACUUGCUUGCCGUUGUCACAAGUUCAACGGCUAGGCCGUCAAAUACUAGAGGCUCUUUUAUUUCUACGUGAACGUGGUUUUCCAUCUCACGGACAUUUACACUCCGGAAAUAUUAUCUUACAGAAUGGAGUCGCAAGAUUGUCUGGACUUGAAAAUGGUUUGUUGGGAUUAAAUUCACGAGUAAAUGCAGUUAUGUGGUCGAGAAAUGUUAGCGACAUUGAGAAUAUGGACAUAAUUUGUUUUGGACAUUUACUGUUCGAAAUGUGUGCUGGUUAUGAACUGAAUUCUCCCCAACCCACUCCCGGUCAUUACGAAUUGGAUUUAGAUAAAUAUCCACAGGUAAUUGAAGUCCUUCAAAUGAUAUUCGAAUCACCGGACCGUUAUCCGACAAUUGAAGAAUUGGUUUUAUGUGAUUUAUUUCGCAAUAUUGAUUUGCGGGAGAUGAGAGGUCCUGGUAUAUCGUCGUUCAAACCUGGCCUUAGUACAUCUACGUUGAGUUUGUUGAAUGCCGUAAGAAGACGACAAGGCGCUUCUCUGAGUGGAUCUUAUAGUGAGGGAAGUUCACCAGGAACACCACCGUCUACUCCGAGGGAUCGAAGAACUGGCAGGAUGCGAGGAACGGACUCAUUGGACAUUACUAGCGAUUCUGACGAUGCUCUCGACGAAAUUGUCAUAACACCAUCCAGUUUCGAUUUUCCGCAAUACGACCUGUUGAAUGCACCAAGCUCACCUAUUCACAUUUGCGAUGCCAGCAAUCAAUCUGAUGACACCACCACACAACAUCGAUCUGUUGACGAACAGGACCAGUCCCUACAAACGUGCAACCAACUAUCAACCGAAAGUUGUACAUCUCACAAAAAUUCAACGUCUCGUCGUAUGGAGUAUUCGCGAGGCAUGAAACCAACCAGUAACCCGUCACAAGAUUCAGCAUUCGGCAGCAUGACGGACGAGUCGAUUGCCUCUUCGAGUUUGAGAUUGAGCAGCUUUCAGUCUAUAUCAUCGCCGAUCGAUGAGGGAGUUGAAGAUGUUUCAAAUUUAGCCAUUGAUUCAGCAUCGCCCAAAACCGACUCAAACAAAUCGAGUCCAUGCAAGGAUUCAACGUCGUCCGGAUAUCAUCAGAAUGAAUAUAUUGGAUUUGCCCGUAGUACUUCGGAUAGUGUGUCGCUGGAACGGAAAAGUAUAGAUAACGUGCUGCUAGAACCGCCAAAGAUUUUAGUAACUGAUCAAAGCUCAAUGUAUACAACAUCACCAUCGAAGUCAUGCGCAACAGUCGAAGUAUUUUCACAAAAGUAUCGAGUUUCGUCGUUUGAAGAUAUGUCCAUGAAGAGAACCUCGCUACGGAAUGUAAAUAAAUUGGCUUUCCGGUCUUUAGAAGAAGAACGUCGUAUUGACUCCGCAUUUACGCCAGUCUGUAGUCCUGAAGCGUCAGUAAAUAAUACCGAAAAAUUCAAAAAGCUAACGCAUGCCGUUUUUUCACGUAAAAUUACAACCACCAAAGAGCGACAUACAAAAUGGAAGAACAGUAUUCUGGCGCGUAAAAAUAAUUUAAUUAAGUCAAAUGAAUCGCUGCUAGACAACGCAGGACAUUACCAACAAAUGAAUAAACGUGUAAACUCCACCAAUGAAUUACUCUGUCAUCGUUACGAAUCGGACAACGGCAGCGAAUCUGUGAAAAACUACCCAAGAAAAUCCAGAUCCGAACGACAUUUAUUCAGUUUGACGAAAUUGAAGCAAAGUGCAAUCACCGAUUACGAUGAAUGUGACGACGAAAGAUUAUUUUCGAUUGUAACUCGGAAGGAAGUUGUCUCGUUUAAUAACGAAUCAAGUUCAAGCAGUGAUUCGUCACCGAAUCACCGUGAUGUGUGCCAGAUCAUUGGUGGAUUGGAACCAGAUCCCAAUUCGUCUGAAGAGAAGACACCAUUGCUGGAUGGAAUGGAAAUGUCUCCAAUUAGUCCAAUAGAGUCUGACGAAAUGUUGUGAUAUUAUGAAAUAGAAAUUUAAUUUCAAAGUAACUCCCAAUGCUGCCCAUCAUGGUUGUCUAUUAGUUUUUGUGUUUUU